AAUCAAAGCCCUAGUAACUCGUACAUCUUAUGAACUAACCAGAGAGGGGAAGAGGGAAGGAGAGAGAGAGAUGGUUUCAGGUUCGGGUGUAUGUGCACGUCGGGUGGUGGUGGAUGCUAGGCACCACAUGCUGGGACGGCUGGCGUCGAUUCUGGCCAAGGAGCUCCUCAAUGGACAGAAAGUAGUGGUGGUCCGCUGCGAGGAGAUCUGCCUGUCCGGUGGCCUCGUCCGCCAGAAGAUGAAGUACCUCCGCUUCCUUCGCAAGAGGAUGAACACCAAGCCUUCCCACGGUCCCAUACAUUUCCGUGCUCCCUCUAAGAUCCUCUGGAGGACCAUCCGAGGCAUGAUACCGCACAAGACCAAACGCGGGGCUGCUGCUCUCGCGCGGCUCAAGGCCUACGAGGGAGUCCCUACACCGUACGAUAAGAUAAAGAGGAUGGUCAUCCCUGAUGCCCUCAAGGUUUUGAGGCUUCAGCCGGGUCACAAGUAUUGCCUGUUGGGACGUCUUUCCUCUGAAGUUGGAUGGAGUCAUUAUGACACCAUCAAGGAGCUGGAGGACAAGAGGAAAAAGAGGGCUCAGGUUGCAUAUGAGAGGAGGAAGCAGCUAACCAAGCUGCGGGUGAAGGCAGAGAAGGCUGCUGAAGAGCAGCUCGGGCCCCAGCUAGAUAUCCUGGCCCCAAUCAAGUACUAAAUGACAGUUUUGAAGUGUGAUGGUUUAAUUGAAUUCCAUUGAUUUCAUCAUAGGUAGAUGGUUUUGAGGAGUCAGCCCCUUUUGCCCCUUCGGAUUUAAUUAUUAUCCUGGUGCUAUUGAAGUCUGUUUACUUGUCGAGUUGAAGGAUUUCAUCUCUUUGGUUAUUUUAUGUUGAGAAACUAAGCACUUCCAAUUUUUUUU